UCUGCUCGCACUCUUAAAAUUAAUUUAUUCAAUGAACAUUAUACUAGAGCUAGACCCAGUAGAAUUUGAUGAUGACGUUUACAACACCAACAACGAAGUAGAUGUUGGGUUUUUGAGUCUUGAUAGCAAAAUCGAUUGGUCUGUUACAACUCAAGAGUGCAACCAACCUGCAUCUAAUGAGGACCAAAAUAUGAAAGAGAAGGAGGUCAACUUUAAACAAGAACUUACCAUCAGAAAAGUUACUGAUGAUGCCUCCUCAAUCAAUAAGGGUAUAACAAACAAGGACAAUGGUUCUAUUCCAAAACUUGUUGAGAAAUCUAUCGGACGAUCUGUACCAGGCAAAAUUUCUGGCAAAGACGAAAUUUAUAAAAAGAAAAAAUUAAUUAAAAAUGGCAGUAAAACAAGAAGAAGGAGGAGAAAAAAUAUAACUGUGAGGAGAGACCAGUAUAAGAAGAGGAAGGACGUACUCUUGAAGAGCAUCUUAAGAAAGUUCAGAAAGUUUUAUCAAGACGAGUAUACCAACUUCACGAGGCUUCAAUUUUUAGAGUCCUCUUCCGUAAACAAGUUCACAGAUGCGUUUGAAAUUUUUCCAGAAGAAUUGGAAAAUCAAAACAAUCAGGAUUUAACAAGAGAAGCUCUUGAAUCAUUCUCCAAAUGUCCAAACUUUAGCAUCGAUGGGUUUGGGGAGGUUAAUUUUUCUUUUUUCGGUGCUCUGAUCAGUCCUCGGACCUUCAAAGAAGAUCUUAGAGAUGGCAGGAUACCACUGGAUGCUUCAUCUGAUAAAAAGAUAAUGAUGGAGAACUGACAACUAGUUGAUGAAGUACUCUAUAAAUUCUCUUAUCAGAAGUUAUUUAGAUUCUGAGCCAUCCCUGAAUUCGGCAAACUUUUCAAAUAUUUUCAGAAAACUUCAUCUCUGGUGUCUGAUGAGAGAUCUCGGAAAUUGAUGGAUCUAAUAUUAUCUUAUAUCAAAGACCAGUAAAAUUGUCGUUUCAUUCCGAUGGAACUGAAUUAGGAGUACUCUUAGGGAAAAUUAUUCAUAAACAUUCAUAAAUAUUCUGAAGCAUUCUGAGUUCUUAAUUGAAAUUUGGCUGAUUUUUUGUGUCAAAGUCGUU